AUGUAUACCGUCAGAUCAUGGCCCGCCAGCGGCCACCAUUCAUUCUUGAACUUCCCCCUAUUUAUCCUUAUAUGUAUAUCAACAAUCCUCUCCUUAAGUGCCGGUACCUCGGCGGCUCCGUUUGUUCUAGCCAAUGAUGACAUCUCGCAGCAGAUCAUCAUCAUUGACGGCGACCAACAGGUCCCGCUCAUUGGAGCAGAGCCUAAAGCUGGUGUUGAACACUCGGAAAAUAAACAGGAGCCUCUUCCGGGGCAUUCACCUCCAUCUUCUUGGCCCCCUGCUAGUAACACGCUAAGGACGAUGCUUGAGACCCUUGACGUGAUGCAGUCGGACUACUUCAGCCUCUGGCAGGCGACCUGGCCAACAGGCAUUGACUGGACCAAAGCAGUCGUCAAUACCCACAUUCUUUCCGCCCUAUCUCUGCUGUCGUCCACGCUCGACUUUACAGACGAUGCGCCAGAGUCGAGCUGCUAUGGUGAUGCGGCAAUGUCCACCGAGAACCUAAUCAGUUAUUACUUCCAGCAAACGUCAGCUUUUUGGCAUGGGGAGAACUUCUUUGGGAUACGGCUGCAAGCUUAUGAUGACAUGCUGUGGGUUGUUUUGGAGUGGCUGGAGAGCAUCAAAUUUCAAAACUUGCAUUCAGAGUUGCAUUUUGGCCGCCAUCCCAACAGCAGGCCAGACCAUCACCACUCGUGGCAUGGAACCCAAUACAGGACCCCUGCGGCACACAGGGCGCGGGUAUUCUAUGAUUUAGCAGCGCGGGGAUGGGACACGCUGCUCUGCGGUGGUGGCAUGAUUUGGAGCCCUUGGCUUACUCCUUAUAAGAACGCUAUCACAAAUGAGCUCUUCAUAUCAGCAAGUAUUGAUAUGUACCUCUACUUUCCAGGUGAUCCCAUCGACUCGCCAAUUGUGGAAAGCCAGCUUCAGGGCGAUGGGUUGGUGAGCCUACCCCGCAAUCCCAUUCAUCUGGACGCUGCUAUAACAGCCUAUAAGUGGCUUAAAGACUCAAACAUGACUGGGUCCAACGGUCUGUACGGGGAUGGGUUCCACAUACACGGAUGGACUCCAAAGGAUCCUGGAACGGGCAAAUGCGAUGUUCUGAACACAAUGGUGUACACCUAUAACCAAGGAGUUAUACUGAGCGGGCUCAGGGGUCUUUGGUUGGCCACUGGAAAGAGGCACUAUCUCGAAGAUGGUCACAACCUCGUCAAGAAUGUGAUAAAAGCGACGGGUUGGCCAGCAAAGUCAGAUCACACUUGGCAUGGGCUCGGGAGGGGAGGAGUCUUAGAGGAGGCAUGUGAUAGUACUGGCUUAUGUUCGCAGGACGGACAAACAUUCAAAGGUAUAUUCUUUAAUCAUUUCGCAGAAUUCUGUCGACAGAUUAACCCCCAAGAGAAGAGGAUGCUCUCUGAUCCAGCACUCUAUAAGUCGGCGAGAGGCGAUAACACUAGCGAGGAAGAUCGAAGAAACGCAUUUAGAUGGCAUCAACGAACUUGUGCAUCCUACUUACACUGGGUCGAGCACAAUGCUCACGCUGCAUCUGUUACUAAGAAUGAGAAAGGCAAAUACGGGAUGUGGUGGGGUCCCAAAUAUGCUGACAGCGAGAUUAACAGUGCUGAAAAUGCUGUUGUGUUGCCGCAUGGUGCCGUGGAUUACAGCAACUCUGACCCGCCAAUCAACCGCGCCAGCCCCGACCUUGCAUUCCUACAGGCUAAGGGAAACCGAACACAUUUUGCCAAGGAAGCUCCCAGCAAUAUCGUUAGUGGCCAGCUGCGUCCUGUCGCUCGUGAAAUUCAAGGCUCUAUGGCUUCCAAGUCGGAAGCAGGCAGUGCUGGAACCAGACGUGAUUUUGCCAAGGCAGUCAUGGAUGUGAAUGACCGCGGACGGGGCCGUACACUAGAAACACAAUCCGGUGCCCUCGCAGUGUUCAAGGCUUUAUACCAAUGGGAGACAACACCUUCAUUGAGACGCUGA